AUGGCACCCCGGGGUCCUCGUGCAACUAGCUCGUCAUGGACUACUCGUGGAGCCACGACUGGAGCAAAAACUACCACCCGAGGAGGUGUUCAGAAGAGAAGAGCAGGUGCGACCAGGGCUGAUCUAGACGGCGACCUUGACAUGGACGCUAUCGGCAAACGUGCUGCAAGAACUGUGGCCACCGAGGCCAAGAACGGGAAAGGAAGACCUGCAAGAGCCGGCACAGGCAAAAAUCCACGAGGCGUUUCCACAGCUGCUCAAACGGUUCUGAAACAUUUAUCAAGAAACGAGGUUUCCAGCCUUGCUUCCAGGGUGUCUGAAGCCAACUCUGGGCGAAGUAGCCGAGGAAGGGGCAAAGGAAAUGGCUUAUGCUUUCUGCGUGUCCACGGACUGAAGCAAAGCAAAGCCGCCAACAAUCAAGACGGCGGCCUAAGUGAUCUGCUGUCGUUCCUGGAAAGAAAGGCAUCCUCACUUACUUCUAGCGCUGGGAAACAAACCCGACAAGUCAUGAUUAAGAAGUCACACAUGGCUGGUGAUUAUGUCUUUAUAGGAGCGUCGAAGGAAGAUGCAGACGAUCUUUUCAAGCUCAACACUUUCACCUUCGCUGGUGCUCAAUUAGAGAUUGUUGAGUCUACUGACGAUUUAGCACACCCGAACAAGGCGACGGAGUCGAAGGAAACGCAAGAGCUGCGAGCCAAGCUGCAAUCGAUCCUGAGUCAGCGGUACCACGGUGCCAACAAACUCCUGAAACUUGAUUCCCUAGCCACUGAUGCCGAGCUUGUUCAACUGGGCAUGUUUGAGAACAGAGAGCGCGCUCUGAAAACGUUCAAGGGCCUCAUGGCAAUCUGUGACGGUUUAUUCAAGACUGCCACGGAAAAGCGGGAAGCAAUUGAGAGCAUCAGUCUCGCCAACAACAGCAUCGACGAUGUUUCCCAGGUUGAUUCUGUCGCCACGACAUUUCCACAUUUGAAGAAUCUCGAUAUGAGUGGCAAUCAAAUAGGGAACAUGCAGGCUCUUGACAAGUGGAAGGGUAAAUUCAAGAUGCUGGAAACGAUUUACAUGACUGGCAACCCUAUCGAAGUUUCAGAACCGGAUUACAAAGCAACAAUACUACAGUGGUUUCCCAAGCUGCAGGAUGUAAAUGGCAUGCAGCUUCGUACUCCUGAGCAGAUCGCGGAACAACAGGCCGCGACAAGGCCAAAGCCGAUACCUCAAAGCGGACCAGACUUCCGCGAUGUUAACGGCAUCGGUGAAAACUUUCUGCUCGACUUCUUUGGCGCAUACGACAGCGACCGGCAAGGCCUGGCCUUUAGGUUUUACGACGACGAUAGUCAGUUCUCCUUGGCUAUUGACACGCAAUCCGUCAGGGACACGGACGCGCCUGCUCCGAUUCCCUGGGGUGCUUACAUCAAGUUUUCGCGGAAUUUAAUCAAGAUAACGCAUCAACCCGCCCGCAUACAGCGACUCUUCAAAGGCGCAAGCUUGAUUCAGGAGCUGUGGAAAAGCCUUCCGCCGACCAAGCAUCCCAACAUCAAGGACGAUCUUAGCAAAUACAUUAUGGACUGCCAUCCACUCCCAGGCCUGGCAGAUCCUACUGGCCAGAACCGGCUUGGUGUGGACGGAUUGAUCAUUUCAGUGCACGGCGAGUUCGACGAGCUGGACCCGAAAACCGCGGCGGUAGGGAAGCGAAGUUUCUCUCGAACAUUUGUCUUGGGGCCCGGCCAGCCCGGCAAAGGGCCGAUUCGAGUUGUCAGUGAUCAGCUAUCGCUGAGAGCCUUCAGCCCGCUGCCCAACGUAUUUGUUCCGCCGAUUCAAGUUCAAGUCAAUGCAGGCAACAACCAUGAAGCCAUGGUGGCAGAACUCUGCAAGCAGACUGGCAUGAGUCCUCAGUACUCGGAAAUGUGUCUGACCCAAGUCGGUUGGGAGUUUGACAAGGCCUUGGUAGUUUUCAACGAGAAGAAGGCACAACUGCCUCCCGAAGCGUUUGCGGCGCGGCCAGCACAAUAA